AUGGAGGAUUUCACUUUCAUAGAACCGGCACAGGUCAGGGUUCUAGUGGUUCCAGUUGGAGGGAUCGGGCCGCUCUUCGAAAAGCAGUUACAAGCGCUUCGAACUGCCACCAAUAUCCGUUUGGUCGAUGUCUCGCCAAUACCGUCCAAAAGGUUCAAUCCGCAACAAAAUAGUCAGAACAAGAUCUUUCUUCGUUUCACAACCUCGUAUCCCGAUCCCGAUUCUGCAUACCUAAGUGAUUUCGAGCCCUUCAGACGAACCCUAGUAGUGGUGGGUCUUGCAUUACACGAUGACUAUUCUGAUCGGGCUACCGCUGAGCUCCGGGAGAAAUAUCCCGCCGCAAUUACCCACAAUUGCGUCUUUUUCAAGGCCCCAACUGCUGUAAGCCCACGGAAAGACUGCUUCUUCAUGACAGGAGAGGCAGAGCGCAUCAUUACUUCCAUAGAAACCAUUCUCUGUGGAGUGACACACAAUUUCUUGGUCUCUCUUAAUGAAUUUGCCUCCGAUAAUGAGAACAUCACGCUACGAUCUCCCAUUGCCUCGAUAGACGGAACCUUGCUUACAAGACGAAUUCAACAAGCGCAAAAACGCUUGAGCACUUCGAUUAAAGCACCACUCAAUGCUAAUCAAUCACUCGCGCCAAACAAAAAAGACUUCAAAAUCAAAUCGCUGCAAAAGCAAAGUGGAAGACAUGCUAAAAUUAUGGGUAACUUCUAUCUUCUAGCUGGUUGUACUAGUGAAGCCAUUCAGUACUUUACAGAUGCCAUAAUCAACACGAAAAAAUCUGAAGACUAUCUCUGGCUUGCCAGUGCGCUUGAAGGCUUAGCUGUUGCAACCCUGAUUUUGCAAUAUCUCGGUCACCCGUACCCUGCUCCCAACACCAUGCUAUCAAUCGCUCUACAGCUUCCGAAAAGCAGGGUUUACAAUGCGGGAUUGACACAGAACAGAAAAUCCACCGAGUCGACUGCUUCUCGCCAAAGUAACGCUUACCUGUCUCCUCGAAAUUCCAUGGCCAGCAGUGCAAGUUACGCGAUGAGUUCUUUGGCUGGUAUUAAUGCAGAUUUCGGCAAAUAUCAGCCCCUUGAAUAUGUGCUUUUGCUUUGUCUGAGAGCCUGUCACUACUACCAGCAAAGUACCUCUGACCUUGAAGACUGCGUACCCGAUAUUGUCUACAUAGACUCACUUCUUCGUUCAAUCGAUUUUAUGCAAAAAUCAUACUUGGCUGGUGAAGAUGGACUCGAUAUCGUGAUGAAAGGUGUUCUCAAUGGAGUUGAAGUGUCUACAUCCCCAGAGACUCUGAGCGAAUUGGUGAGCCGUGAAUCCAUUGUCCAGGAAAUUUACCGUGUCUUCAAUUUGGAUUUGGAUAAACUCGAAAUAUCGCAAAUUUGCCGUGUCUAUUGGAAGAUCAUAUCCGUGUAUGACUCCUUAGGAUUCCACAGAAGACAGGGUUUUGUACUUCGCCAAUUUCUCUCAUAUUUAUCGCAGGUUUCAUUUCAGAGCGAAACUCCUGAAAACGUACACAUUGAUAUUAAUGCAACUAUGUUGCUUCUCAUUAAUCAAAUCCUACGAAUUUAUCACGUUUGCGAGUCCUCAAAAUUACAACGGUCAACGACCGCCGAACAAAUAUCGACCUGGUCUGUCUUACAGCUCCGUGUAUUGAAAGUGUGCUUUGAAACAGCGGAAUCGAUUCAAAACUUCGAAUUAUGUUCAAAAAUAGGAGUGUUGAUAUUGAAAAGCUAUCUGCAUUGCCUCACUAAAGAAGAUCAGUUGAGUCUAAAGGAUAAACUCAACUGGUUCAUACUGAAUAUUCAUAGUGAUAAUUCAGGUAUCACCAUACCUUUUCCGGAUCCCUUUUUGGUUCGAGAUGUCAUUUUUAAACCAGACACAAGAGAGCUUCUACUGCCAUUUCCGGCAGAUGCUGAAGAUAAGACAGAUGAGCCUGUUUUCAAUCCUUAUGCCAAGAAAAGUGCGAGUGGAAUGGACAUGUCGAGAGUUUUAUGUGUGAAUGACAUUGUGACUUUACGGAUUCUGCUUCAGAAUUGUUUUUGCUUUGACUUUUCGAUCCAAAGCAUUGACAUUUUAGCAGCCGACGACUUCAAAGUUGAUAUUGUUCAGGGCCACGCUAGAGUUUUGGGCUCAGAUUUCUCACAAAGCACUUCCUCCGGCAAAGCAGAGUUCUGGAAGGAGGGGGCCGUCGCUGUGAACAAUUCUCAGAUAUUCAGCAGCGAUAAUAACAGAGAGACCCUUCGAAUCCCAGCUAAGUCAAUUACAACCAUCGAGAUCCAGGUGAAACCUCUCCAAGUAGGUGCUUUAAAAAUCCGCCAAUUUUUGAUCGGGAUAGACCAAUUUGGUCCCCAAACAUUUUCUAUCGUGGACAAGGAAAAGAUACCAAAAUCAAACAAAAUAAAAUACCAUGGUUUAAUCGGAAACCCGGAAACCAAUCUUCUCGAUGAAAUUAUAUUAGAUCUAACUGGUAGCGAUUCUUGCGAUCGUUUGCUUGGGGAGACUUUUGAGCUCAAUGUGAUACCAACACAGCCUCUGUUGUCUUUGAUAGACAAUCUGAUUAAUAAUGGAUGGCUAAUGCUUCUUGAAGGCGAGCGUCAAAAAUGCCACAUUGAUCUAUGUAACACAUCCAAUGAUAAAGUCAAUUACCUCUCUUUUUCGCCUUGGGACACAUCGAUUGAGACCAUUACCUCGAGGUUGAGCGCAAAGGUGGAGAGGAUAGGAGCAGAGGAUGUACAUGAGUUGGAAUGGCAGCUCAUGAAACGUAAAGCCCUAUUUAUCACAAACAAAGACGAAAUUGCUGAGAAGUAUUCAAACAUAUCACCGGGUGAGGUGAUGAAAAUCAAAUUCGAUGUUUUUGGAAAAAGAGCUGUUAAAGAAAUGCGUCUUAUCCUAGAAUAUGGUUUGAAGGAUGAAACCGACAUUCAAAAGGGUUUUGUUAAGACGUUGAAGGUGCCUUUUAAGGUGUCUGUCCACAGAUCCAUUGAGGUGAUCUCCUGUGAUGUAAUUCCUCUCCUUCCAGCCUCACUAGAUGAACUUCCAAAAUCCCGAACGAAGGGAUGUGCAAGAAAGCAUUUGGAAGAUCUUGUUGAUUUCCUUGUGAAACUCAAAUCUCGUGAAGAUGAUACAAAGAGCUUUUGCCUACUUGUCAUAGACUUACGCAACUGCUGGAGAGAGAGGCUUCAUGCCAAUCUUAAGUUUCAAGUAACGCCGUCAGCGGAGUUCCAAAUAGGUGCUAACAUUGACUCUGAGCACACAACAAGGUUCUUAAUCCCUGUCAAACGUGCUAGUCAAGGUGUUGAAUUCUACUCAAAUCCAAUCCCGUCCUUGCGAGGUAAACAGUUUAUCAAAAAUUCUGAUUUGACCGAGGAGCAAGAGGCCCAGGAGAGGCUUUCGUUUUGGCUUCGAUGUGGAAUACUUGACAACCUUUCUGGAGAAUGGACAACUGUUGACUGUCAGCAGAAGCGCUCUGGUGAGAUUGACAUGCGGAGAAUCAGGCUCACACCUUCGCUGAUCAAAGCCUUGAGCCAGGAGCCUGUCCUGAUGCUGCACCAAUUCUCAACUCAAGAUGAUUCGAAGAACAUCCCUCGUGCCAUGGACAACUGCUAUGAUUUACAAAGCAACACAUUUUAUAAACUCGAGACUACGAUCACGAACAACACAACACAACCCAUCUCUGGUAUGGUUAGGUAUGUUCCAAUUCCAGUGAACGCCGUCACUAAGCGGGAUUUGUCCAUCGAGAAGAAGAUCUUGUACACCGGUGUGCUUCAACGUCACAUUGGCGCAAAUCCCAUCGAGCCUGGAAAAUCCACCACUAUUUCGCUAGGCUUUUUGAUCUUAGAAAAAGGGUCCUACGAAUGGGGAUGCAUAUUUGACCCGAAUGCAAACGCCGCUAGCACCAUCGAUAGGGAGCCAUUGUAUUUGCAGGUCAAGUGA